UGAUGUCCUCCUGGGGCUUCCCCGAGGCCCAGGCUGAGGCUCCCGCCGAAACCACUGAGGAGUCCAGCGCCCCCGAGGCUGAGUCCGAUGUGAAGGCCGACGAACCCGCCAGCGAGGAAUCCGCCGAUGCUGAGGACACCCCUGAGGAGAGCUCCGAGGAGAAGGGCGAAGACGCCGAGGAAGAGGAAAAGGGAGAGGAAGAGGAAGAGGGAGAGGAAGAGGAAGAGGAGGAGGAAGAAGAAGAAGAGGAGCCUGAGGAUAUCAAGCCUAAGUUGGAGGAAGAAUGUGCCAACUCCGCUCAAUGUGGCCCCUACAAGCACCACUACGACGAGUGCGUCGAGCGCGUAACCUCGCAGCAGGAGGACGAGGACUACCAGGGUCCUAAGGAGGACUGUGUCGAAGAAUUCUUCCACCUCGUUCACUGCGCCAACGCCUGCGCUGCUCCCAAGCUCUGGAAGGCUCUCAAAUAAAGGAGACAACGCUGAAACGAUCCCCGACCUCGGUUCCACUGCCGGAUUAACGAGACCCUGCCAACCAACGAGACCAUCCGGAAUGCAUUCAACUAUAAAAAAACAGCAGUAACUUUACUGCACCUAGGAUUGGGAUACUGUAUCAUUGCUUGUUGAUUUUUGCGCUUAGAGGUUGAAGGAUGACACGAAUAUUGUCCUUUAAUGUGUAUGUACAGAUAGCUGGUCUCCGCCUUUUUAUAUCAACUUGUGUGUUUUUAGAUGAAUGCUACUUCUCUCUAGACUUA